AUGGAUUCUGGUGAUUCUGGUUUGAGUUCUUUGACUCCGGCGCAGAGGGCUCAAUUGGUAGAUCAGAUGAAAACAGAAGUAGCAAUUGCAAGUGCACGUGAACUUAUCGAGGUUUGUUUUGUUCUUAUCAACAUGCAUCGUUUUCAGCAAAUGACUCAGAAAUGUUUCGAAAAAUGCGUCACAAGGCCAGGAACUUCCUUAGAUAACUCCGAACAGAAAUGUGUCGGAAACUGUAUGGAUAGGUAUAUGGACUCCGUAAACUUAAUUACAAAAGUAUUUGCCACUCGUCUGCAGCAAGAAGCCGCCAAAAUGCAAGGACUGUCUUGA